CGAGCAGGAGAAGCGCGCCGCUAGAAGGGGCGUGGGGCGUCGUUCCUCGCCCAGCCCCUUCCUCCUCCAUUGUGUCUCCUCCUCCUCGGGCCAGAGCUGAGCUGAGCCGAGCCGAGCGGCCAUGGUGGAGGGCGAGCGGCGCUAUGAGGCGGCUGGCCGGGCGGCGCCCUGAGUGAGGCGGGCGGAGGGCGGCGCUGGCCGAGGCGGGUGUCGGCGGCCCCCGGAGCCCGACCCCGCUGAGCACGAAGGAAGGCAGGAAGGCAGGCGGGCCGGCCAGCAUGGAGGGCGAGCAGCAGCAGCUCCGCACUGAGGUGGAGCGGCUGAACCGCGAGUUGAGCGAGACGACAGAGGAGAAGAUGCAGGCGGCAGAGUACGGACUGGUGGUGCUGGAGGAGAAGCAGACGCUCAAGCUGCAGUAUGACGAGCUGGAGACCGAGUACGAGACGGCCCGCCAGGAGCUGGAGCAACUGCGGGAGGCUUUUGGUCAGGCUUAUAGUAACCAGAAAAAGGUGGCAGCUGAUGGAGAAAGUCGUGAGGAGUCAUUGAUUCAAGAGUCUGCUUCCAAAGAAGCGUAUUAUGUGGCCAAGAUUCUGGAGCUACAGACCGAUCUGAAACAGAUGAAAAAUGUGCUCACCAAUGCCCAGUCUGAAAAUGACCAUCUCGCUUCCAUCACACAGCAGCUGAAGGAGAGCAAUCAGGUUGUGGAGUUACAAAGAAAUCGCCUGCGUGAUGAUAUUAAAGAAUAUAAAUUUCGUGAAACAAGACUUCUGCAAGAUUAUUCUGAACUUGAAGAGGAAAAUAUCUCUCUUCAGAAACAAGUCUCAGUGCUUAAACAAAAUCAGGUUGAAUUUGAAAGUUUGAAACAUGAAAUUAAAAGGCUUGAAGAAGAAACAGAGUUCCUCAACAGUCAGCUGGAAGAUGCUAUCAGACUAAAAGAAAUAGCAGAACGACAACUUGAGGAAUCUUUGGAGACGCUGAAGAAUGAGCGGGAGCAGAAGAAUAACAUGCGCAAAGAAUUAUCUCACUAUAUGAACAUCAGUGAUUCAAUGUACACCAGCCAACUGAGUAUCUCUCUGGAUGGAUUGAAGUUUAGCGAUGAUUGUAAUGAACCAAACAAUGAUGAACUAAUUAAUGGUUUUGAAAACGGCCUGACUAAAUUGAAUGGUGACAAUAAGCUGUCCACUCCUAAGAAAAAUGAUCAUUUCAAGCCAGCACCGAGCUUGGUGUCUGAUUUGCUAAGUGAGCUGAAUUUAUCUGAAAUGCAGAAACUGAAACAGCAGCUGAUGCAGGUGGAAAGGGAUAAGACCACAUUACUUGCAACUCUCCAAGAGUCACAAAAGCAGCUGGAACAUACAAGAGGUGCCUUGUCAGAACAGAAUGAAAAGGUCAACAGACUCACCGAGCAUGUCAGUGCCAUGAAAAAACUCCAGGCUAGCAAAGAACGGCAGAGUGCACUUGAUAAUGAGAAAGAGCGAGACAGCCAUGAAGAUGGCGAUUACUACGAGGUAGAUAUCAAUGGCCCUGAGAUUUUGGAGUGCAAGUACAAGGUGGCUAUAGCUGAUGUAAACGAACUCAAAGAAGAACUCAAAAACCUGAAGGCCACAUACUCUGAUAAUGAGAAUAAAUAUGAGAAGGAGAAGACCAGGAACGAAAGUGAAAUCCAGUCCAUGACAGAGAAACUUGAACUACUAGAAAAAACUAAUAAAGAAGAGCAGGAGCAGAUUAUCUGCUUGGAAAAGGAGCUGAAAAAAGUGAGUGAGGUAGCUGAAGGAACUCAAGGUAGCUUGACUGUGGCGCAGGAUGAACUGGUCACCUUCAGUGAAGAACUAGCAAAUCUGUACAACCAUGUUUGUAUCUGCAACAACGAGACACCCAACCGAGUAAUACUGGAUUACUUUAAAGAAGGUAAAAAUGUCCGCAGCUGUUCAGAAGGUAAAGAGAGAAGAUCUCCAGUACUGCUUACCAAGGGCCUUUUCCCAGGAGAGAUGGGAAAAGUUGAAAAUAACAACAAUGGAGACAUUGUACCAGCUUCUGCUUCAUCUUUGCCCUCACCUGUGUCUUGUGCUAGUGAUCCACGCAAAGAACCAAUGAAUAUUUACAACCUGAUUGCUGUCAUUCGUGACCAAAUCAAGCAUCUUCAGAAAGCAGUUGAUAGAUCAACAGAACUAUCCAAACAACGUGCUGCUUCCCAUGAACUGGGGGCAAUGGCAGACAAAGACAAAGAAGUUUUUAUGGAAGAGAUCUUGAAACUGAGGUCCUUGUUGAGUACCAAGAGAGAACAAAUUUCAACGCUGAGAGCUGUGCUCAAAGCAAACAAGCAGACUGCUGAAAUGGCCCUUUCAAAUUUGAAGAGUAAAUAUGAAAUGGAGAAAUCCAUGGUUACUGAGACAAUUAUGAAACUACGUAAUGAGCUUAAAGCUUUAAAAGAGGACGCUGCUACCUUUUCAUCUCUAAGAGCUAUGUUUGCCACCAGGUGCGAUGAAUAUGUGAACCAGCUUGAUGAAAUGCAGCGCCAACUUGCAGCUGCUGAUGAUGAAAAGAAAACACUGAAUUCUCUUCUCCGCAUGGCCAUUCAGCAGAAACUGGCACUGACACAGCGGCUGGAGGACUUGGAGUUUGACCAUGAACAGACCAAGCGCGGCCGAACCAAAUCGUGGACCAAAACUAGAGCGAGCAACCCGAGUGUAAGUCACAUGCGCUCUCGUGUUGUCAAACAAGAGGGAGUAAGUGUUGGUAACCAAGUGUAUUGCAGUGAGAAGUACAAAAUCUACUGUGAUUGACUGUGGUACAUUGUUGGGGCUUCAUAUGUUGGAUAAUAAAUAGAUGUGUCCUACAUGGCUUCUCUGCCCCAUUUUCCUCGUGUUGCCAUGAGUUCAUGUGUAUUGGAGUGUUCACUGUUAAUUCACAUGGAUGUGAAGUGACUGCAGUAGUGCAGCCUAACCUUCUUGUGAUAUAGGGCUUUUUAAUCUUGAUACCUGUUGAUUAUGUGGGUAGCAUGGUAUCUUGGGGGAGGGAGUUGGUCAGUCAGGCUGCUCCAGUACCACAGUCUGAAGUCUGUACAGCACAAAUGUGCUUUUCUUUCCUCCACCCAGCUUUAAUUUGCACUUCACCUUCCUGACAAAAGCUCCAUUUAAUAAUGUUGCUCAUGUUUACAGUAUUUGAUAUAUGCAAAUUUAUCCCUUUCUAAAAUAAAUCCUCCAAAAUGAUGCGCAGUUUUAUAAAUGUUUUGGAAGAACAUUUGUAAUUGCUUAAAAUCUUGGAGUUUUCUAUUUACUAAAGCUAUUUGAGUACGUUAGUGAGUAAAUUGAUAUUCCAAGCAAGAGAUUGAGUUAAUAUAUUUCUCUGUAUAUACCAGUGUUCAGAAAAAACGUGAACUGCUUCACUGUUUAUACCUUUAGUAUUUGCACCUGUUAGCUUCAAAAUGGAGUCUUGAACUUAUUAUUGAAAUGAGCACAGAUAGUGUGGAACCCCCCAUUCUCUGUAAUAAUGUAGGACAAGAAACUGUUCUAAUGACUAGAAUUGCAAAAAUAGAAAUGAAUACGUUCAUUUUUAUUUUAAAACAAUAUACUUCAGAUUCAGAUGCACAUUCUGCAAAAUACACAGCCUUCCAGUGCUGUUAUUGCAAAUAAGCACAAAUUAGAAAUACAUAAGAGACUGAUGGUAUACCAAGUUUCAUUAAAAUGCACUUGUCAUCAUAUAAAUAAAUGUUUUAACAUGAAUCCCUGUCUUACCUGUCACUUACGCUUGAGCUUUUAUCUGCAGUAAGAAAAUUGUCCUGAAUCCUGCGUCCUCCUCACUGAUUGAUGCAGCUUUGUUUCACUAAGCCAUUGUCCACAGAUAGAUUUAAUAACAAAGAAAAUGCAAUGCUUAGUCUUUGUUCCCAGAAAAAAAUCAUGAUUAACUAUCAAAUCAUAUCUUAAAUGGUAUUUUAUAAUCAUUGAAUAUUUCAAUUUUUUUUGGAUUACCAAGAAUUCUCCAUUUCUCACUUUUUAAAACAAAUCUUGCAUUAAAUUAUGGCAAUUUUAAAUUUUAAUUUCUGGAUCUUUCUGGCAUCACGUUUUACUUUUGCCAGAUUUGCUGUUAAAUCCAAAAUCCGUCAGUGGUAUUUCUUGCAAUCCUAUUCAGUUUUAUUCAAAUAUAAUUAUAAUCACUACUGGUUGGAAUGCAGUGAAUAAUGCAUUGUUACAACCUGAACUCCAUAAUGUGGCCAGACAAACUAAAUAUACUUUGCUUAUAUAGCAGUGAUUAUUCAAAUCCACUUAGUUUUGUUCAAAUGUUGAGUUUCGACAUUUGUUCAUUCCUGUGCUGUUGGCACUGGGAUAGGACGUCAUGGUUGAAAUAAUCGGACGUGUUGUCCCUGGAGCUUCUAUCAGUGGGUUGGGAUGUGGUAUUUAGCUGUAUAGGAACUUGAAAAACACCUAAAAGCAGGAUUUUGUGAUGAUAUAAUUUAAUGAUUUUUUGGGACUAAUAAGAUUAUUUUUAAAUUUAAUCCCGACUGCUUGUUGUAUUUGCCAUUUAAAUUUUGUAUACAAGGAACUUUGGUUGAAUUCAAUCUGGCUUCAGUCUCUUAUGCUGCACAAUUCUUUGAAGGCCUUUGAUGUACUUAAUUGUAUUAAGCUAUUAAUAAAUGCCAGUGGUUUAACUAAACCCAUCAUUUAGGAAUGUGACACUAAACACUGUUGCUCAAUUUAAAGCAGAUUCUGGUGUUUCAGGAAACCUUUUGAUGCAGACGCUUCCCUAUAGUAAUGGCAAAAGUAAACAAUCGCCAAAUUUGCAAAUGCGAUUUUUUGAAGUUACUUGGUAAGAUGUUUCAUGUAUUGUAGAAGUAUAAACUGAUUUUGUGACAUGGCAAUGUGUCCAAGUUUGAAAAUUUUGGAAUGUGCAUUUGUUAGAUAACGGCUGUAAUACACAGCAAGAUAAAUCAAUAUAUUGCCUACCUCUGUUAGCAGGCUGUCGUUUGUCUUCUGGCUGUAUUUGGCUGAGUUGCUACUCCUAGCAGCCUGCAAAUAAUAAUCUGCAUGUUUCUAAUCUAAUGGCUCUGUAAACCGAUUCCUGUGAUGAGAUCUCUGCAUGACCACUAUAUGGUCACUCAAUACUUGUGAGGUUAGCUUCCUAUAAAUGGCUCGGUAUUAAACUUUAUGCUGAGAAAUAUUUCAAAAUAGCCGUUUUCUCAGACGACUAACAGUUUGCUCUUUACAUUAAUAGACUAAUAUUCCUAGCAAACCUUGUGCUAUGCAUUUUUCGUGAAUUGCUCCUUGUGCAAGAGUUUAUUUUUAAAAAGGGUUUUGGCUAAUUUUUUUUGUAUCUUCCCUUUUUCAGUGAUAAAAUAGUCCCUGGAGAUGGACUUUCUGACCAAGAAUUCAGUUUAUUUUAAAAUUGCUUCUAUAGUGUGUUGCAUAAAAGGCUAUUGAAAGACCUAAAUAGUAAAGGCAAUUUGUUGCAUUUUUGUAUUAAAAUUGCAAAUAUUAACAAAAGCAUUAUUGAAGUUGCUGCUGGAGGAAGAGAAACUCACAAGUGUUGAAGAAAACUUCAAUGAUUUGAUUAACCUAAGGCUUUAUAGAAUAUUACACAAUUUUGAGACGGUGUUGUGGUAUUAUAUGUUUUGUUGCAAUUAUUCAGUGUUUUUAAUCAGAUGUUAUACCUGUGCACUUUUGAUAUAUAUAUUUCUUUUUAUUCUAAGAAUGGCAGAAAAUGCUGUGAUUUGUGGAUAAAUCUCUUGCCGGUAGUGUCUUUUCUUUGAUGUGAUAGAUUUCUGCAUCAGCAUGCUGCAGAAAAGUUGGUUUUAUUUUUAACCUGUGGUCAAAUUAAAUAUUACACUACCGGGAUUUGUGCUUCAGCAUUUUCUCCAUUGAAUUUGUUUCUUUACUGAUGUUAACUGCCAUGUUCUAAAAUCCAGGGGCUUUCUGGGGUUUUCAUGGAUAUUAUUCUUAGGAAUAGUUCAAUGUAACAAGGAAAAAACUUGACUUACUCUGGUAAUGGUAAUAGAAACUUAUAAAGUUAUAUUACCAACUAAUGCCAGAUUUUUGGGUUUAUUAAAACAAAAUCAAGUAUCAUUGAUUUAACAGAAUUUUCUACAAGAUGCGCCAAAUAAAUUCCAAAUUGGAAUUGUAUCAUUAUUUCUCAUUUUGUUUAUUGUGCCAAACUUGGUACUUCUAGAGGUAAUAUCUAAGGUAUUUGUUGUGCGGUGUUCUGUUUCCAUGCCUUGUUUUUGUUAAUUCUGCCAGUGGUGCCUUUGAUAAUUUCACCAGUGCUUGAUCCUACAAUAAUGUUUUUGCAAAGUAUUUAAAUUUCACAAAGAAAGCAUAGAGCAAUAAGUGCAACGGAGAGCCCCUUCCUUUUGCACAGAAUUUCCACUGUAGUCUUAAUUUUAUAAAUUGUAUGAAAUUCUCUUUUGUCAGUGAUACUUAAGAAAUGCAGAUUCAUGCAAUUUCAGGGGAUACUUAUUUUGGGAACCAAAUCUAAUGACUUUGGACUCCUGACGAACAAUUUAAAUUGUAUUAACAUAUUUGUGAUUGCAGUACGGAAGACUGUGUCAUCUAUAUCUUAGCUUUGUUUGGUGAUGGUCGCAAGUAACUGGUAUGUUGGCAGAAAGCAUUAAGUCAUAACUUUAUUUACCAACCGUGUAAUCAUUGUGUAAAUUCAGCAAACAGAAAAUAGAUGCUGCAUCAACAAGCCUAGCCACUUGGUGAAAGUGCUCAUGUUUGUUGAGGCCAGCUUUUGACAAAUCAGGUCAAAUUAAAAAAUAAGAUUAAAUUAAGUGCAAUUUAAAUGAUGAAUUUUAGCAUUGUUAUGGGAGAUAUUUUCUGUUCGCUGGAAGAAUGUUUUUUUUAAAAACCUGUUUUACAGUAUUGUUAUGCUCAGUUACAUUUAAGCUAUACUUCAAGUGGGUAUUUAUUUGAAGCAAUGUCGCAGUACUGUAUUCUUUUUAUGUGGAUUAUCAUUUAGUGGUAGGUUGGCCUAAACAAUGUAAUAUGCAUGUGUGCCAGCCUAGAAACCUUUACACAGCUUUUCUUUAUAAUUAAAUUGAAUUCAAGAUUUUAAAAAUAGCACAAAGCUAAAUGUGUUAUAAACUGAGAUGUUUGACAUUGGACUAGCAAACGUGUAAAGCAUGGGGAGAGGCUUAUUGUUCAAGGAUCAAAUCUGUGUAAAGGUAAUCCUAUUGGCUAUGUCAAUAAAUGUGAUCACAAAGA